UGCCUAUCUGCAGCCUUAAGUACACGCCACCAGGCUCUAUACCACAAGAGUAGAGAGAAACAGAACCAAAGCCGCCCGCGAAGCAGAUGCUUAGACAGUCACCGGCGCCUGGGGCGGGGUGGGGAGGAUCCAGUCUAGCUACGUGCCAACGUGGGCUUAACCUUUCCACUAAGGGAAUCGGAAAAUUCAGUUCUUUCUCGUGACACGGUUCCCAAAAAGAAAUGAAUGUUCUUUGAAACAUUCACUGCUACCGACGAUAGCCAGUCGGGUCUGGGAGACGCCCAGUACACCCACUCACACGCCAAAGAAGGAAGUCCAGAAUUCGUCUGUAGCGGGCUCCGGCGAUGAAGACCGGAAGGAAACGCCUGCGCCUUUCUUUGCGCAAGCGCAGGCAGACCUCUCCCAUUGGUCACCUCGACUCGAUGUUUGCGUGCGCAUGCGCUCCGCUGUGCUACCAGCUGUGUUGGAUUGAGGUACGCCGCAGUGUUUAUCCGUGGACUGCAGCCCGCCCGGCCGCGCCGCAAUUCAUGAUGCUUACGUAGGGUUUUGUUUUGUUUUGUUUUGUUUUGUUUUUUUAACUUUCUAAAAUCGUUUGUUUAAUCCGGUGAUUCAUUCAUGCUCAAGUAACGAAAGUUUAUCUGAAAGUCAGAAUAUUGGGCUGCCUGGUUCAGGGCCGGACGCUUACCCAACCUACUGACUUGGAGCUUCAGAACCAUGGCGACAAAGGAGGCAGGAGAUGGUAAAGCAGAGUGGGGCCUCCCCUCAUCAGCCAGUCGGAGCAAGCAAAUGUCUGAAAAACCAAACUAUGCUCUUAAAUUUACUCUCAUGGGACAUACGGAAGCAGUAUCAUCAGUUAAGUUUAGUCCUAAUGGAGAAUGGCUAGCAAGUUCUUCUGCUGACAAAGUAAUUAUAAUUUGGGGAGCCUAUGAUGGAAAGUAUGAGAAAACACUUUAUGGUCACAAUCUGGAAAUAUCAGAUGUUGCCUGGUCAUCAGAUUCCAGUCGCCUUGUUUCUGCCUCAGAUGAUAAAACGCUAAAGAUUUGGGAUGUGAGAUCUGGAAAAUGUUUGAAAACGCUGAAGGGGCAUAGUAAUUAUGUUUUUUGCUGUAAUUUCAAUCCACCAUCCAAUCUCAUCAUUUCAGGAUCUUUUGAUGAGAGUGUGAAAAUAUGGGAGGUGAAAACAGGAAAGUGCCUGAAGACUUUGUCUGCUCAUUCUGACCCAGUUUCUGCUGUUCAUUUUAAUUGUAGCGGGUCCUUGAUUGUGUCAGGUAGCUAUGAUGGUGUCUGUAGAAUUUGGGAUGCUGCGUCAGGUCAGUGUUUAAAAACACUUGUUGAUGAUGAUAAUGCUCCUAUCUCUUUUGUAAAAUUUUCUCCAAAUGGAAAAUAUCUUCUAAUUGCAACUUUGGACAAUACUCUUAAACUGUGGGAUUAUAGCAGAGGCAGAUGCCUGAAAACAUACACUGGUCAUAAGAAUGAGAAAUACUGUAUAUUUGCCAAUUUUUCAGUUACUGGUGGAAAAUGGAUUGUGUCUGGUUCAGAAGAUAAUCUGGUUUAUAUUUGGAACCUUCAGACUAAAGAGAUUGUACAGAAAUUACAAGGUCAUACAGAUGUUGUAAUCUCAGCAGCUUGUCAUCCUACAGAAAACAUCAUUGCAUCAGCAGCAUUAGGAAAUGACAAAACAAUUAAACUGUGGAUGAGUAACUACUAAACCCUUUAGAAAUAGAGCCAAGUUGGCCAAAAAAAAAAAAAAAGAUUUUAAAAAGAUGGGUUUCUCUUACUUUUGGUAUGGUUUUGUAUUUCUUUUUGACAUUGUCUUUCUAUCUCUCUGACAAAUAAAUAAAUAAAAUCUUUGGUGGGGGAAAGGGA